CUUUCCAAAGGUACUCAUCUGAAAAAUGAGAACAAAGUGAUUGUUCCUGUUCUCUUUCUUGAGCCACUUCAAACGUGGAUCCGAGGGGCCGACGGCUCAUUGUCAGGAGCGUGAGCGUGCAGCGCAGAGGCCAGAGAGGCUGCGGUAGACAAUGGAGACGGACAUAGCUAAGGCAGUACAAGAAAGGGGUCCCUUUGGGGGCAAUGUCAAGGCAGUCAGACCUUGUCUGAAACCUCUGUCAUUUUCCUGUAAACCCCGGGCUUUUGCCCCUCUAGAGGAUCCUCUCAGCAGGGGCUUCCCUCAAUUCAGCCCCCCAGUCCUGCUAGGUUAUGAUCGCCUCCAGCCCCCACCAGAGGGAGGCUCCUGGAUGCACAAGAUGGCGUCUUUCAAACGGAAACCCCAGGACAUCAAAAGCUCCGACAAGCUGCUGGAGGGGCGAAGAGCACUGGGCGUGGACCUCCCGCACCACGCCCCAUACCCCCUCCUCCAGCCCAGUCCUGGUCCGCUAUCCAAGUUCAGCCCUCAGAUGAUUGACUUGAACCGAUUCAAGUUCUACAGAAACCUGGGAAGGUUUGAUCCUAAGAGAGUGAAGCAGGAACCAGUUAGCUCAGAUGGAAUGUGGCCUCCUUCCCAUGUCAUAAUGCCCUCUCCAUCUCCGUUCUUCCCAGCCUUACACUCUGGCUUGAUUCCCUACCCUUUCCUCAUACCAGGCCCUGCCAUGCAUCUCCCUCCACACAGCUUUUACCAACGGGAGCCCUUGGGAGGCCACCACAGAGGGAUGCCUGGAAAUCAGGGUGGGGCCACCGGUGUGGAGAAGCUAGGGCUGAACGUCCACGUGGAUGACAGCUACUACGUGGACGUAGGCGGCGAGCAGAAGCGUUGGAAAUGCCGCAUGUGCGAGAAGUCCUACACUUCGAAGUACAACCUGGUCACCCACAUCCUGGGCCACAGCGGCAUCAAGCCGCACUGCUGCAGCCUGUGCGGAAAGCUCUUCAAGCAGCUGAGCCACCUGCACACACACAUGCUCACGCACCAGGGCACCCGGCCACACAAGUGCCAGGUGUGCCACAAGGCCUUCACACAGACCAGCCACCUGAAGCGGCACAUGAUGCAGCACAGCGACGUCAAGCCGUACAGCUGCGGAGUGUGCGCACGGGGCUUCGCCUACCCCAGCGAGCUGCGGGCGCACGAGAUGAAACACGAGAAAGGGCAGGAGAACGUGUGUGUGGAGUGCGGCCUGGACUUCCCCACGCUGGCCCAGCUGAAGAGGCACCUCACAACCCAUCGGGGCCCAACACAGUACAGCUGUACCGAGUGCCAGAAAACGUUCCAAUACCCCAGCCAGCUACAGAACCACAUGAUGAAGCACAAGGAUAUCAGACCAUACAUCUGCACUGAAUGUGGCAUGGAGUUCAUCCAGUCCCACCAUCUGAAACAACACACUCUUACUCACAAGGGGGUUAAGGAGCACAAGUGUCGGAUUUGUGGACGCGAGUUCACCCUGUUGGCAAACAUGAAGCGCCACGUCCUGAUCCACACCAACAUCCGCGCCUACCAGUGUCACCUGUGCUUCAAGAGCUUCGUGCAGAAACAGACCCUCAAGGCCCAUAUGAUCGUCCACUCAGACGUGAAACCCUACAAAUGCAAGCUCUGUGGGAAGGAGUUUAAUAGGAUGCACAAUCUGAUGGGCCACAUGCACCUGCACUCCGACAGCAAGCCCUUCAAGUGCCUGUACUGCUCCAGCAAAUUCACCUUGAAAGGGAACCUGACGAGACACAUGAAGGUCAAGCAUGGCAUCAUGGAAAGAGGAGCCCAUGGAUGGGGUUUCAAAGAGAGGGGGAGGAUUCAUCUGCCCGCAGACUUAAGCAUCAUCAGCCAAUUCAGCCAGGAGGAGCCUUUCGACCUCUCUAAGAAGAGCGAUGGGAAAUUCCGACUCUCCCAGUCAGAUGGGGACAGCGUCCAGGGUAGCUUGUGCCAGGAGGAAGAUGAGGACAGUCUCUACAGGAUGAGCCAGUACAGCCCAGAGGAUUACCACCCCAGCAAUCCUGCGUUAGAUUCUGAGGAGGUCUUUUUUGAUGGCAAGAGCCCCGAUGAAUCCCCAGAUCAACAAGAGGCAGACGAUGGCGAAGGUGGGGAAGAACUGAGCAGGGAGCCCAUGAAAAUGGAAACCUGUGAAAAUAAAAUGUACCGGCUAUGUGGGGAAAAGCAUUAAGCUGCCUAGCCAGCAGACGUCUCCAGGCAAGGACCCGAACAUCAAUGGGAUCUCACUAGAAAGCUGUGAAAACGAAUGAAAACCGUUCACUUUGAGAGAUUCCUAGCUCUUUCAUGUGAAUUCACUUGAUUUCCAAAGAGAAAAAAAGCUGUGAAUAAAUAUUAUUUCCUAUUAUUUUGCUACCAUGUACAAAGAAUGAGUGGCUAGGCAAACAUCUUGAAUAUUUGCCAGUAAAUGAGAUACAAAAUAUGUGCUGAUCUGUGUUAAGAUAACUCUGAAUUUAAAAUGCCUGUUAUGUUGUAUAUAUUAUUCUAAAAAUAGAUAUAACGAUUGUAUUAUAUGCAUGUAUAACAAUGAAUAAGUCAGACAUGAAAAUUAUAAACUGCUAAAUGAAGCCUUGUAAAUUUUAUAUUCAGAGUUGACUUUUUUUUUUUUUUUUUUUAAGCAAAAAUUAUUUUUUUACUUUUGGGUCGUCCUGCGUUCAUGUGGAUCAUUUUGAUACGUUUGCUUAUAUUGUUGUUUUGAUAACAAGCCCAUUCUGUAACAUGACAAAAACUUCAAACAUAAUAAAAUUUAUUAAACUGC